GGCUCCCGUGGCCCCCGCAGCCGCCGCCGCAGCGCCGGAGGAGCAUCGCAUCAUGGACGGCGCGGGGCCGCGCGCCGCCUCCUUCCCGCUGCUGGUGCUGACGCUGCUCCUGCUGCUGCUGCUCCGCGCCGAGCGCUCGCGGGGCGCCGAGCUCACCUUCGAGCUGCCGGACAACGCCAAGCAGUGCUUCCACGAGGAGGUGGAGCAGGGCGUGAAGUUCUCGCUGGACUACCAGGUCAUCACUGGAGGCCACUACGACGUUGACUGCUAUGUGGAGGACCCUCUGGGGAACGUCAUCUACAGGGAGACCAAAAAGCAGUAUGACAGCUUUACCUACCGGGCUGAAGUCAAGGGUGUUUAUCAGUUCUGCUUCAGCAAUGAGUUUUCUACCUUCUCCCACAAGACCGUCUACUUUGAUUUCCAAGUGGGCGACGAGCCCCCUAUUCUCCCAGACAUGGGGAAUAAGGUCACAGCUCUUACCCAGAUGGAGUCUGCCUGUGUGACUAUUCACGAGGCCCUGAAGACGGUGAUCGACUCGCAGACCCACUACCGGCUCCGAGAGGCCCAGGACCGAGCCCGAGCCGAGGACCUGAAUAGCCGAGUGUCGUACUGGUCCGUAGGCGAGACCAUUGCUCUGUUUGUGGUCAGCUUCAGCCAGGUGUUGCUGCUGAAAAGCUUCUUCACAGAAAAACGACCCACCAACAGGGCGGUCCACUCCUAGCCACGCUGCCCCACACCAGAGCCCCUCUAUGUCCCUAGGGUCCUGGGCUCCUGCGUGGCUGGAGGCAGAGCUGUGGGAGAGCACAGAGCAGCGGGCCCUGCCCUUCACACCCCUGAUCCUGGCACCUGAGCGGCAGAAGCUCACAGAACCCAGUAGGCUGAAGCAUCCGGUUGCAUAUGUCUCACCUUGACCAAAAAUCUUUAGUCUGGCUGGGAAUUGGCUUCUGUGCAGUGGCAGGCAGACAGUGACCCCAUAUCCCUGGCCCCCCACCGUGGAAGAACCCUAAGUGCCUGGGCCUCCAGGAUAGCUUUGGGCUCCUCCUGGCCCCAUGAUCUGCAGGUCUUGUGGCUGGCGUGUCCACUCUGGACGAGAAAGCGGCUCUCAGAUCUGGCCUUUCCUCCCAGGUCCACCCUGGGGAAGCUGCAGGGUCACCAUGCACCCAGGACCUAAAUGGAGACAGGGUGCCCUUGGUUAACCGUACCUCUCCUAGAGACAGAGAACUGUGUAAUAAAAACUAAGUAUGAGCAGUC